AUGGCGGCACCUGGGCGGCGGUGGCUGGUGCGGCUGCUGGUGCCGGUCCGGGACUUCCCCGCGCGCCGAAGCCUGCAUGAGUGGGCCCCGCCGCGGGAUGUGCUGCUCUUCGAGCACGAACGGGGCCGCUUUUUCACAGUCCUCGGGCUCUUCUGCGCCGGCCAGGGCGUCUUCUGGGCCUCCCUGGCCGUGGCAGCCUUGGCCCGACCCCCGGUCCCGGCGCGGCCUCCGGACGCGGAGAUCCCAGACCCCGGCCGUUUGGACGUGCGCUCCGCGCUCUGGCGCUACGGCUUAGCCGUGGGCUGCGGCGCCAUCGGUACCCUGGUCCUUGCCGCCGGACUUCUCUUCUCCCGCCGCUCUGUGCGGUCAGUGAUACUGCAGGCUGGAGGGAAGCAGGUGACCCUCACCACUCACGCCCCCUUUGGCUUGGGUGCUCAGCUCACUGUUCCCUUGAACCAAGUAUCCUGCAUGGCCCACCGGGGAGAGGUCCCUGCCAUGUUGCCUCUAAAGGUCAAAGGCCGACGCUUCUACUUCCUCUUGGACAAAGCUGGGUAUUUUCCUAACACGAAACUCUUUGACAACACUGUGGGUGCCUACCGUAGCUUGUAA